AAUUAAAUUGUAUUUAUGCCCCGAAAAGCAUUUUCUUACAUCCAGCCUUUAACUAAGCUACGCCUAAAACCAACCAAAUUCAGAAACCCUCUCUGGUCUAAAAUUCCGAAAACACCCCUAGAACCUCAGUUUAGUUCUCCACAGUCAGACAGCGAAGGGAAGAGAGUUCUCCAUGUUCGGGUCCCCCUCUCCCGGACCCUAUUCCUAAACGGAUCCCGUACCACGGCCGUCCGCUCAAUGUCGUCGCACGGCGACGAUCACCUCGACAAGCAGGAAGUUAUUGACCGGGUUCUUGAUGUCGUCAAGACCUUCCCCAAAGUCGACCCCUCUAAGGUGACUCCUGAUGUUCAUUUUCAGAAGGACCUGGGUUUGGAUAGCUUAGAUACUGUGGAGAUUGUGAUGGCUCUUGAGGAAGAGUUUAAGCUGGAAAUUCCUGACAAGGAGGCUGAUAAAAUUGACUCCUGUCCUCUUGCAAUUGAAUACAUCUAUAACCAUCCAAUGGCUAGUUAAGUUAUGCAGCAGUCUUUUGUUUCCGAUUUUCAUCUCUUUGCUGCAAUUAGACAUGUAUCUAGUUUUUGCUUCACUGUGGUAUUUGUAGAAAUUUGAUCCUGGGAUGAGUAAUAAUUUGACCCUGUUUGACAAAAGAAUAUCUCUAAACAUUUCUUUCUGAACCAGAAAGGUCAUUUUGCCUUUGCAUUUUUCAUGCCAAGAUACAGUGUAUCUAUAGAUUAUUCCUUCACCCUCAACAAGUUAAAAAAGAGAAUUCUUGACGCUAGUUGAGACAGUUCAUGGAUGUCAUUGUACUUGUACCUAUGUAUCGAUGGAGAGGUAAGCUUUCUUUCCUCAAAACUAGCUUGGCAUCUUGUCAGCAUCUUUAACUUUUUCUUCUGAUAUAAGAA